AUGGUUACCGCCAAAAGAAAAAGCCUCAAAAAAAACAAUAAUAAUGCUAUCACUAACGAUGAUAAGAAUAAACUUAUCGCUGAAGAAUUUAAAUCGUCUGAUUCAGAACAAAGUGUAACUACAACAAGUCCAACAACAACUCCUCGUACCAGAAGUCGUCAAACUCCAACGCGUACUUCUCCAAGGAAAAUUCGUAAAUCCACGCCUACUCCUUUCACCUAUUCUCAUUCAAAUGUCUUCAAAAAACAUUAUAUUGAAAAUAUCCCGAUCAUUGAAACUACCAUAAGAUUUGAAGAGGAUGAGUACGAUGUUUGGCGUCGUCUAGAUACUGACGAAAUUAAUCUCCACUACUUGUUACGUGUCAGAUAUCCUACUGAUAAUGAUGUAGAUGAGUGGAAACGUGAACUUGAGAAGCUGAAAAAAGAAUUUUCUAAAUAUAAUAUUGUUGAAGAGGGUUGGUUCUAUGGUAUUUGCACAUUUGAUGCUGCAUCUAGUGAUGGGACUGAGUCAAUCAAUGGUUCAAAUGCAGAAAACAUAUUUUAUAACGAUGAACCUUCUUACAGAGAACCUAAAGGAAAGGCUGUUGUUCAAACCUCCACCACCACAAGUGAAUCAAACCAUAGCCAUAACAAGAAUAGUUUAGUUGAUCGUGACGAUGAUGAUGAUGGAAUCUCACCAUCAGUCGAUAUCAAGAAGAAAAAAACACAACUUCAAUCUACUAAUCGCGUCCAUCAUUGUUCAGUACCAACUGACAAUGAUGUUGACGCUUCUUCCUCUAAGGACAUCCGAGAUGAAACGGCUGAAACAAAGACUCUGAAAAGGAAACGGGAUGAUAUCGAAAUCAAAUCUAGUGCAAAAAGAUACAAGGGUUUAAGUUAUCAUUAA